UUCUGCCGCAGCCACAAAGGAGUCCGACGGUGGUGAGAAUCGAAGGGGAGGCUGGCCCUGAAGAAGCACCAUGCCUGCUGAGGUCACCCCAGCUGCAGCUCUGAAGAAGAAGCCAAAGUUCAAGAGCAUUCACGCGGCAGUCAAAGCUGGGAAUGUAGAAGAACUUCAGAAGAUGGUGUCAUUUGGAACCAGCAUUAAUGAGGUGGAUCCAGUGUACAAGUUUACGCCCCUGCAGUGGGCAGCCCAUUCUGGAAGCCUGGAGUGCCUUCAGUGGCUGCUCUGGCACGGAGCUGAUAAGACGGCAGUGACAGUCAGAGGCUGGACAGCAGCUCAUCUUGCCGCCAUCAAAGGCCAGGAUGCCUGUAUGCAGGCCCUUCUUCUUAAUGGUGUGCACCUCGGAGCUCAGGAUGACCGAGGCUGUACUCCAGCGCAUCUGUCAGCUACCCACGGACAGUCAUACACUUUGCAAACCAUUCUGCGGAGUGGGGUGGAUGCCAACGUUUCUGAUAAGAACGAUUGGAAACCUAUUCACAACGCUGCCUUCCAUGGCCGGCUGGGCUGCCUACAGCUUCUUGUUAGAUGGGGAGCUACUUUAGACGAUGUGGACAACAAUGGCAAUCUUCCAGUUCACCUGGCGGCAAUGGAGGGUCACUUGCACUGCUUUAAGUACUUGGUGAGCAAGAUGCCCACACUGGUCCAUUCCUUGAAAGCCAGAAAUGACCAUGGGGAGACCCCGAGGGACCUGGCAGAGAGGUUUUACAAGGACAGCAUUACCAACUACAUUGAUGAACUGCAGAAGGAGAAAGGUCAACUGAAAAGGGAGGAAAAUUUUACAUUUCCAGGCCACGAUGCUGCUUUCAGAGGGGAUGUGGACACAAUAAGAACAUUACUGGAAAAUAGAAUCAUCAAUAUUAAUGAGAGGGACGAUAAGGGAUCCACUCUCUUGCACAAAGCUGCUGGACAAGGUCAUUUACAUGUCCUAGAGUGGCUGAUCAACAGGGAAGCGAACUGCAACAUUGCCAAUGAAGCUGGAGAGACAGCAAAAGAUGUUGCCAAGAGGUUUGCCCAGCUGGCUGCUGUGCAGUAUUUAAGCAAAAGAAUGGGGAACGACUCUGAUGAGGAAAUUGAUGUCAACGACCCGCGAUUCUUCGAAAGUCACAGAGUGGAAGGGAGCACAGACUGCAGGAGCGAUGUGAGCGCCGGGAAAGAGGACAGAACGGACAGUCGUGGUUUUCCCUUGCAGAAAGAGCUUAUCAGAAGAUCAAAGAGCUGCAGGAUCUCCUGGAAAUCGCCACCAGCAAUUACCAGCAGCUGGGAGGAAUCCUGCCUGAGGAAAGGCAGAAGAAAAUUGAAGAAAGGCAGCUUGUCAAGUCCAUUGAUGAGCUGCAGGCCCAACUGGAAUAUGAGCGGAUGCGACGGGAGAAGUUGGAGGCGCAGCUGGAUGAACAUCGGGAAGAGAUCGGGAGACUCAGAGAGCAGCAAGAGAAACCUCAGAUCAAUGCAACCACCAUCCCCGUGGAGGAUUCCGAAUCUGGCAAAGGGGGCUCUGAUUCCAGCAAAGCCGUCUCAGAAAUUGGGAAAGAGAAAAAGAAACUGAAGAAAAAGCCUUUCUUCAGCCCCAGCGGAGUGUUUGUGAGAAGAUACUAAAGGGGAAACAAAGGAUCAUCCAGGCAUGUUGUGGAUACGAGAGGGUGAUGGAUUCUGUUGGGGGGAAAAAGCAGUUGCUUCCCAGCAGAUUCACAACAUGAACGAGCCUCAAUUAACAGUGCUGUAACCAGGCCCUCAGCUACUCAAAACUAAUGAACGUGCUGCACUACAGUGGAAAUUAUAUUCUCCAUCAAUUCAUCCUGCGUGAAUACCACUGUUUCAUAUUACCUUAGAGCAGGGAUAGGAAGCCUGUGGCUCUCCAGAAGUUGCUAGAUUCCAAUUCCCACCAGUCCCAGUCAGGAAUCUUUUAAUCUUUUUCUCAGUCAACAUUCCUGAACUGGCUUACAAACAUAGAAACAAGUUCAGCAUUAAACACAGUAAUAAAGCGUACAAAACAACAACAGCAGCUAAACAGACUGAAAUCAAUAAAAUAAUCCAUCAUAUCAACAAGCACUAGAACGCCAGCAGACUGUUAUAAAUUCUAUAACUGGAAUUAAACUAGAGAUCC